CGGGUCAUCAUCUGAUGCUCUGCCUGAUGGGAAUUUGAAAAGUAAAUGCAGGAUUAGGGGAUUACGCCAAAGUGUUGAAACGUGGCCAGGAUCAUGACACAGCAGCACCUGCCCUGCGCCGGGGCUGAGCUGAAAAGCAACUUGACCGGGAGAUCCGCUUCCCUGUCUCCAUGCCUACGGCGAGGGGCUGUUCGUGUUUUACCGGAGCAUGCUCAGUUUGGCUCGCUUCCCCCUAACAAUAGCCAGCGAGAGGGCUCGACUGACACACACACACACACACACAUACACCCUCUCUCAGAGUCUACCCCGGCUCGCAGUGGGAGCGAGACGGAGAGGAGAGGCUGCACGCUGUGGGGCUGCCGGGCUGCUGAGCUCACAGCACAAUCCAGCCCACAAAAACACACUGAACAAAGCUCCGACCGGCUCGAUAAAAAGGCUCCUGGUGGAUCAUCAAAUACCGGAGAGGAGGGCGGGAGGGGCGCAGACAAACGAGAGGAAGCUGGCUGCCCUGGGAUCUGAGUCAAUGACCUGUUGGACAACACAAGAAGCACGGAGGAUUAAUUAAAAUGGGGAGGCCAUACUUGUUACCUGCCGACUGUGCGACUGAGGGCCUCUCACUCUGCCCACAGCCAUGCCAGACGUGAAGCUUCCCCCACCAUGUGACUACCCCUCCACUUCCUCUGUUGCACUCUCCGCCAGCUCUCCUGCUGGCUGCAGCUCUCCCCUGCACCUCAGGAUCGACAUGGAGCCCUGCAUCGCCAACCUCCGUCUGUCCCCUGACCCCUUGAGCUCGUUCCCCCGCCACAGGCCCUUCCAUGCUCUGUCGUACCCGCUGAUGGCCAGGUGCAACAGCAGCACCUUGCUCACCAACUUGGGGUUGAGGUAUUGUUCCAGCCGUCAGGGUCCUCUGGGGGUAGAGCGAGGGCAGGGGGUGGUCCGGGGCUCCUGCAUCGAAGCUGGAAGCAAUGGCAGCAGGCCUUACAGGAGUAUGGAGAACUUGAACUGGAACACCGUAGGAGAUUCUGGCUUGUGUGCACUCAGUGCUGCACCUUGCAGGAGCGUGGACAGCGAGUUUAUUUUACGGUACACCUCUUCUAGCCACUGGUACGACGGACCUCCUGAUGGAUCUGUGCUAGGGGCCCACGGGCUGGUACCCAACGCAGAGAGUUUGGCAUUCUUUCCUCGACACGGGCUACCCAGAAAGGAUCUGCCACUCUUCCCCCAGCUGCUGCUUCCAGGUGGUGUUGAUGAAUGGGAUACAAGGAAGGAACUAAGGGAGAAACUCCGUCUGCAGAGUGCAAGAUCUUCUGUUGAGCCUCUGAGGCCACUCCCAAUGCGGCCUCAGGUGAACCCAAAUGCUGUUGCCAUUGAACGAGAAGGUGCGCAUCAGGGAAUUCCAACAGGCACUUGCUCUAGGCCGACAUGCACAAUACGUACGUCUCCAGAGGAGAUCAAGCAGGAAGUUUUGAGGCGUUUACAACUCAGGCGGCAGAACAGCAGCCCCAACCUGACCCUCCAAAGCUCUCAGUCCAGCGCAAAAGUAGCCCAGACGUCCUACACAACAGAUAACAUUGCAGGGAACCCAAGUGGGAGAGAGUCUGUCUGUGAGCGUCGUAGACCUCCUGUGGGGCGUCUGUACAUCCCAACAUUUGAGGAGUUUAAGAGAAUGAGGCAGAAGGAGGGAAAGCAAAGCAAGGAGUCUACAGGACGUGAACAAGACCUGCUGCAAAAUAAUGAAUCCUUUUCUGAUCAGACUGAGCCUCUGCUUGGACCCGGUGGAGUUCAGAAAGGUAAUUCUAGAGGUGAAGAAGGCGAAGGUGUAGCUAGAAUCGACGAGGCCCUGCAAACCACCACCUCUACAGAGAAACCUGCUUCAAUCACGACGACCAGUAACAGCACCACAGUUCCCACAUUGCUCUGCGGCUCUGUCACCAGCAGGAACUCCCCCAUCCGAACAGGCCCGUCUCCACGUUCGCCCCUUCAACCCCAGGCCUGCACAGUCCAAGCCCAGGAUAAAGCCAUUGUUGUAGGAGGAGAUGAAGGGAGCGCCAGGCGCAGGAGGAGCAGUCUGGAACCAGCUGGGUCGGUUCCCUUCCUUGCCAGCAGAGAGAACUGGGAGCGUCCGUCCAGCUGCUGCCCGGCGCUACUUCUGGAGGGAACGGACCUGUCAAAGUAUGGAGCCAAGAUAUAUAAGAUGAGGGAUGGGCUCAUCGGAUCUGCACUGGACCUCAUCAAGAAAAGCUGCAGUGCAGAGAUCUCCGCCGAGGCCCCAGUCAAGCUGUCAGGUGACCGGGACGGAGGCUGUGACAUCACCGCCCCCUCGCCCGACUGUCAGCCUCUCGCCAUUGCCAUGGCAACGCCGACAACGGCCUGCAGAGCCGAGGCUGGCGACGAGGCGUCUGCAGGAGAAGCGGCAGGAGAAAGGGAAGAGGCUGGAGAAUGCCACGCGGGCCUGGGUUGCAGGCGCUCCAGCUCGGACGCAGCCUACGAGCAGGCGGAGACGGUGAGGGCGCAGCGUGAGUGUCGCCUCCGGCCCCACUACAGCGAUCCCAUGCCGGCGGACGCCUCCAAACGCAAACAGCUGGAAAUGAAGAUCGCCGCCGCUGCCCGGAUCCAUAGUCACCGCCGAGAUAGGGACAGGGACAGGGACAGAGACAGAGACAGUGCUCCAGCAGCAAUCCGCGGUCACUCUGAGCCGCCGGGCGAGGAGCGUCAGGCGGUUCUGGGCGUGACCCGCUGCGGGCAGCACCGCUGGAGCACCAUCAGCAGCCUGAGCUCAGACAGCGGAGUAGUGGGCCUGAGCGACGAGCGGGACGAAGAGGACCGCGAGCCCCGGCGCCACCGCAGAACCAGGGGGGCAGAGGUGGAGCGGGUGGACAGCGGCAUCGGCCCGGGCCUGUCCCGCACCUGGAAGAGGCCGUCCGCCUCUCUGAGGGCGUGGGAAUCCCAGAGGCCGUGCCCCGACUGCGGACAGAGAGACGGCGUCUCCAAAGAGCGGGGGGAGCGGAUGUGCGAGCGCUGCUCCAAGCUGCGGACCGAGCGCAAGGAGGCCAUCUUGGAGUUCUUGAACACCGAGUCGAGCUACGGCGAGGACCUGCGGAUCAUCAAGGAGGAGUUCUACUGCCCCAUGCAGAGCGCCGGGCUGCUGACGGCCGAGCAGCUUGCUGUGGUGUUCGGCAACGUUCAGGAGCUUAUAGACGUCAACGACCGCUUCACUGAACACCUGCAGGACAGCAUUGAUCAGGCCUUUGACCAGGGUGACGACGACCUGCUGACCGUAUACAUUGGAGAAAUCUUUCUAGAGUUCGUCAACAUGCUCCCAGCCUUCCAGACCUACUGCCUGCAGCAGUCCACCUCGGUCAACAUGCUCAACACUCUGGAGAAAGAGAAAGAACUGCUCAGAAUAUUCCUGGAUGUUUCCCAGAACGACAACACCGCACUGCGUCGUAUGAACUUGCGCUCUUUCCUCAUGGCGCCGCUCCAGCGCGUUACCAAGUACCCACUUUUGUUGAGCCGCAUCAUUAAGGUCACUCCUGAAUGCCACCCGGACUACGCUCGCCUCCGGGAGGCCAAAAGUCGAGUGGAGUCCCAUCUGGAGCACAUCAACAUGAAGACCAAGCAGGAGGGUAACGGUGUCACCUGGUCCCUGCGCUCAUUCCGUCGCGACAGCCGCAAGAACCGGGAGGUCAUCAACAUCGAGAUGCGAGAGGUGUCAAUGAAGACCGUGGGUUGGGCAAGAGAAAACACCCGGUUUGUCAUGGAGGGACCUCUCCAGCUGUCCCAGCCAGCAGAUGGUCAGUGGUUAAAAAAGGGCAGCAAGGCCCUCAAGUUCCAAAACGUGCAGAGUCUACUGAUGGUGAGGACACAGAGGGGCGGCGACUCCCCAGGGCAGGCCACCGACGUCGGGCGGCAGGGGGAAGACACGGGGGAGAGCGUUCGAGACGGAGUGCUGGUCUUAAUCAAGGACAAGAGUAGUGGGAAGUUUGCAGUGCUGAGAGAGCCGAUCCGUCUCGCAAACUGCGUGGUGUCAUCAGAUCCGGACUGCGAGGACACCUUCGAGGUCCUCGACAUCCGGCGGGAGUCGUUUGUUUUCCGUGCCUCGGACAAAUCCCGUACCCAGCAGUGGUUCCAUCAGAUGAAGAGGUACGCCCGAGACUUGGGCUCCUGGAGGAAAAGGCGCAACGCUUUGCCUAACAUCAUGAUCAACGCCAACCAGACGCGUUCCUGAGGCUAGCCUCCACCACCUUGUUGUUCCACUGUAAAUAACCCCAAAUCUCUCAACUCCAGAAAUCCAAUUGCAACAUCUCCUGAGCAACACCGCUGUUCUGACGUUUUAGAUUUCGGUAAACAAUCACACAAUCUGUCUCACAUUGUGUGUGAGAAAACGUAGCACUUUUUUUCCAUAUGAAGCAGUAAGUGCGCCAUAUAAUUGUAUGUAGAUUUCAUUUUGAAGCUGUUACAAAAAAAAGGGAGAAAAAUACCAGUUUUUUUGAACGACCAAAAAAUACUUGGGCUGUUCUUGAAAGCCUUGAUUGUAAAGACUGUUGAGUACCUAAAGGUGUGUUUGAUUAAUAGCAUGACUGAACAUGACUGGCUGCAAAAAAAGAAGAAAAAAAAAAACUAUUAUGUCAUUUUUAUACAAGACAGUGAGGAUUGCAGACAUUUUUGGUAAGAGACGGUAAAGAUGUCUUCAGUUUUUUGGUUGUUUUUUUCAGUGGUUUAUGUUUUGUUGUCACUGCCCUUUUAUCUUUGUGUGCUGCCCUCUACUGUCUGUAGGCGGCAUAACAACUUUCACUGCCAGAGAUGCAGUUGAGCAGAGCCUCUCCAUUAGGCUGAGAGCAGACCUUUAACAUAUCUGUAAUUCAAUGGGAUUUCAUGGAACAGCAAUAAUCUCAGCCAGUUUAACAAAGUAGCUACUUUAUAUGCAGUUAAUUCCCUCUUAAUCUGCAGCUGGUCCUUCUGUUUUAUGUUACUGGGCAUUGUGGCAGGUUUGAUGAUUAAUGCGUCGCUUCGUUAUUGCGACUCCAAGAAAGCCUCUGUUUUCGCCUUUAAAACCGAAAUCAUCCUGUUGUCAUGAAAUCAAUUUUUAAAAAUUGUGUUUUAUGGAUAGCGAACAAGACUAGUCAGAGAUGCACCAAGAAAUUCAGGCUACCGAUCUGAAUUAGUCCAUUUUGAACCCGUUGACCAGGUAGUCGGAAUCUCAAAUAUCCAAUGUUUUUUUUCUGUCACUUGAAUGCACCACACCUCAGUGCUGGCAAAAAUACGCUUCAUCUGUUUUCAGGACCUGAGGUGUUCAAAAUUUAGUCCAAGGGGGAAAAAAUCUAUUUAAUAACAAUAAAUUAAUUUCUAUGAUAUUGUGAGACACUUUUAUGAUUCAUUCAGACCGUGAGAGAGCAAGACUUUCAUCAGAUAACAGGAAGGCUGAACAUUUUACAGCAAAGUUGCUUUGUGUAAUUUGAUGGCACUCUUAUACUCUGUCUGUGAUGGAUUAUGCAGGAUUUCGAAAUGUUGGCUGCCUUUUAAAAAUUCAAUACAAGAUGCUCAAAAUGGUUCAAAUUGUCAACUCCGUGAAUUUUAUGUCAUUUUAAAAUCGUACAUUCCUCCUUUUCUGUAACUUCCGUGUCACACAUGGCGUGGCAGUUCCCCCUGUCCAAAUAUAAAUAUCUGUUCAUUGCAGGAUGGAUAAUAAAAUAUAUUGAAUUCUGUUCUUAGAGAAAUUUAAUUAGUGUAAAAUUGCUAAAGGCAUUUCAAAGCUUUACAAAUGCUGGGGAUUGUAUGUCGGCCACAAAACGGUGCAUCUCUAGUACUAGUCGGCCUCUUUGUUUGUCAAGGGCAGAGUUUUUCAUCCAUGUACUCAGUGCAUCAGCAGCUGCAUAGAUUGAAACUAUAAUAGGUGCACUUUUAUUUCUUUAAUUAACUACAAGUUGUUUUUGUCACUACAUAAUUCAGAUAUUUUCCUCAGCUCUUUUUAAAAGUUCAUGGAGAAAGAAUUGCACUCUUAGACCCUGAAAACCAAAGUCUUUAAGUAUUGAAGUCUUACACUUUACACAAUUAUGAUUAUAAAUAGAAAAGAAAAAUCACAAUUUACCAUUUUAUUUUCAAGAAGUGACCCAUUUCGGUUUUUCGGCUCAUGUCUAAUUGUCUCAUUGUCAUAAAAAGUAAGCAUUCUCUACGAAGGCUGAAAAACUCUGCUCACCUGACGACCCCAAGGCUGGAAGAGAGCGUCCCGAUCAUGUCACCAUGACAGGUUAUUAACUGUGUUCUGAGACCAGCAAUGAGCUGUUGUGCCUUUUCUACUUUAUUACUGUUAGACGAAGACUGACAAAUUCGCAAUCUUGCCACAGUAGCAUUGACCUCCGCUAAGCAGACGAGCCUGCCCUGUGUCUGCACUCACAGGCAAUAUAAUUAUUCCUUUUACAGUGAACUGCCUUCUUUUUUCAGUGUUUUUUUAACCAAUGUUUUUUUUUUUUACUUCUGAAGGCUUUAGUUUGAAGCACUUUAUAUUUAAGUGAAAGAUUUUACUCUCCAGUAUAACUGCUGGUGAAAUGCGUGUUCCUUCAUUGGCGAAGAUAUUGGGUUGACUGGGCACAUCGAGACAAAGUCGGUCAAGCCGAUAAUUUCAGACCAUUGCUGUUAUGUUUAUUAUAAAGUAGCAUUAAGAAGAACAUAUCACUGUUUCGGAGGGCAGAGCUGCUCGACUCCACACUAAGGCUCAUUUGCUGUUGGGAGGACAAAAAAA